AUGAACACCUACAUAUUACGCUUCAAAGACCAAAAGUACACAGCUGAAGGAUUGAAAGCAUACACAAACUACAAGUUUAAAGUGUCUGCGUUUAAUGGUGUAAAAGAGGGAGUUCCUUCUGAUGUUUCUUGUUGGACAGAAGCAGGAAAACCUGGGAAAAUUCCAAAACCGGUUGUAUCAGUUGGGCCAAAUAAUGUCAUCACGAUUUCCUGCAAAGUUCCAUCAGAAAAAAAUGGACCAGGAGAGAACUUCACACUGACCAUAAAUGACAACAAAAAACUUACAAACACCAAUUGUAAUUUCAAAUUGGAUAAUUUAUACUAUUUGACCACAUAUAAAUUUAAGAUCAUUUUUAACAAUGGAAAAUUUGAUGGGGAUGCAUAUUCAUUUCAGGAAAGUACAAAAUAUAAUGAUAAGGCUCUGAUAGGAUUCCUAGUGUUCCUCAUCGUUAUCACAUCUUUAGCAUUGAUCCUGGUGCUGUAUAAAAUCUACAAACUGCAGAAGAAAACUUCAAGACACUGUGAAGAUAGCAUGCCACUUACAUACCAAGAUGAAGAAGAUCGACUCCUGAACAUUGAGCCCAUACCUGUGGAAAACCUUUUGGAUACUUACAAACAGAAGAAUGCUGAUGAGGGACGGCUGUUUCUUGAUGAAUUUCAGAGCAUUCCACGUGUAUUCAGCAAGUUCAGCAUCAAAGAAGCCAAAAAACCCAGUAACCAAGCUAAAAAUCGCUACGUGGACAUUUUGCCAUAUGAUGAUAAUCGGGUGGUCUUGUCUGAAAUAAACGGAGAUACUCGAUCAGAUUAUAUCAACGCCAGCUACAUUAAUGGAUUUAAUGAACCAAGGAAAUACAUAGCAGCUCAAGGUCCGAAAGAAGAGACAAUGAAUGAUUUCUGGAGGAUGAUCUGGGAACAAAAGUCAACUAUUAUUGUGAUGGUGACUCGGUGUGAGGAAAACAACAAGAACAAAUGUGCUCAGUACUGGCCAACAAAAGAAGAGACAUCUGAAGUCUAUGGAGAUAUUGUUGUAACAAUGAAGAAGGAGAAACUAUUUCCAGAUUACAUUACGAGGAAGCUGCACAUCUCCCAUAAACGUGAGAAAUCCGAGCGGGAUCUGACUCAUAUCCAGUUCACUGUGUGGCCAGACCAUGGAGUACCUGAUGACCCCAAUCUACUACUAAAAUUACGAAGGAGAAUUAACGCUUUGAACAAUUUCUUCAGUGGUCCGAUAAUUGUCCAUUGCAGUGCUGGAGUGGGACGCACAGGAACAUAUAUCAGUAUUGAUGCCAUGCUAGAAGGCAUAGAGGCUGAGGGAAGAGUGGAUGUGUAUGGUUAUGUGGUACAGCUUAGACGCCAGCGCUGCCUGAUGGUUCAAGUAGAGUCUCAGUAUAUAUUCAUUCACAAAUCUUUGGUGGAAUACAUGCAGUAUGGUGAAACAGAAAUCAAUAUUGAUGAGUUACCACAUUUACUCAACAACUUGAAGAAGCAAGACCCUUCUGAGCCUUCUCAGCUAGAGUGUGAGUUCCAGCGAUUACCAACUUACAGGAACUGGAGGCCACAAUCCAUGGCCAAUCACCCUAAUAAUAAGGAAAAGAAUCGAGACAUCAGCAUUAUCCCAUAUGACUAUAACAGAGUUCAGAUUAAGAUGGAUGACGGACAGGCCAGUGAAAGUGCUAAAGAGUCUGAUAUGUCCUCAGAUGAAGAGAGUGACAGCGAGGAUUCUACUAUAUUUAUUAAUGCCUCAUAUAUAACAGGGUAUUGGGGGGUACCUGCUAUCAUCGCAACUCAAGGACCUCUGGAGAGUACAAUAUCCGACUUUUGGAAAAUGGUAUUCCAGAAGAAAGUUAAAGUAAUUGUCAUGUUGUCUGGGCCUUCAGAAAAACAGAAGAAGGAGACCUGUGCUCCGUAUUGGAUGGAGAAGAAGCAGAAGUACGAUGACCUUGAAGUACAGCUGACCAGUGAGAAGCAGUGCAACAGCUAUACACGGCGCUCAUUUGAAAUCAGGCAAACCAAGAAGAAGGACACAAAGAAUGUAUAUCAGUUCCACUAUGAUCAGUGGGAAGACACCCCUCCCAAAGAACCCAAAGAUUUGCUGGAAAUGAUUACAGAAAUCAAAAAGAUGGUUCCUUCCAAAGGGGCAGACGAGCAGACCAAACACGACAAACGCAUAUCUAUCCUUGUUCACUGCCGGGAUGGAUCCCGGCUGACUGGAACAUUCUGUGCUCUGUGGAAUCUUUUGGAAAGUGCCAAUGUAGAAGGGGUCAUAGAUGUUUUCCAAACUGUAAAAAGUAUGCGUAAACAGCGUCCUGGAAUAGUUUCUUCAUUUGUGCAUUACGAGUUCCUCUAUGAUAUUCUGGCCAGCACUGUGCCAGCUUUAAAUGGUCAGAUCAAAACACCCAUUCAGCAGGAAGACAAAGUGGAGAUACAGAACGAAUUGGAAUCCAAAACCUCUGAUGUCAAACAGGCAUUGUCAAGUGAUACCAGUCCCAACAUGGACUCAGGAUCUAAACCAAAUGAAGAUGAAUUUGCUCCCAACGGACCAAGCACAACACCAUUCACAGAAGUGUCACUGAGAAUAGAUGAGUGAACAGAGACAAGAAGAAGCAUGUGAUUUGGCACAAAAAAAUUCAGGACCUUUUCUCUCAGCUGAAAAGCUUUGUUAUGAAAGAUACACACUCUGUGCUUUGUGCAUAAAGCAUAAUCUAGUGUAAAGAAUGCACAUUCCAUGUACAGUGUUUAUCAUACUCACUGUUGAACAUUCAUUCACUUGUACACCCUACGGUGCACAGGGUACAAUAAUAGAUACAGUGCUUAGCUGAGCUGUGCAUUGCUAUAACAUUUAAAAAUAAACAGUGUUUCCAAAUAUAAGGCACAUCAUAUAGUCAACAAAGCCAUGGUAUUAGUUGUAUCGCUUUAGAUCUGCUUUCUGUCUUUAAACCCUUUCCCAUGAUUAAGGUUUUAAGGUUUUUUUGCUCUGUAUAAAAGUAAAUGUGGCCUAUAACUCUUUGCACGGUACUUUAAAAUUGCUAACUCCCUCAGGCACAGAUGCCAUCAAGUUACAAAUACAUUUUAAUAGUACACGUUGCACUUGCAAGUGGGUAAAACUGUGAAUAAACUAACAUACAGUGUUUUAUACAAUUGAAAUCAAUGGGAGUAGUGGCAGCAGAGUAUUGUUGUUGUGCUAGGGCACAUGCGGUUGGCUGCCGCUGCUAACACUGAUUUCAAUGGGAGCGCAUCUCCCAUUUACUUCUAUGAGAGUGGAGGUAUGCUUCCUGCUUACACUUCCUGGUUUCAGGGGGAGGAGUUAAAUGGUCUGGAACUCUCAUUUUCUAAUUACAAUACAUAAAGAAUGCCUGCACCGAUUUGCAUGCAGUAAAAUGGAUUGGAAUCCAUCG